AUGGUUGGCCCCAAGCUUCAAGACGAUUUGUUUGAUCAUCUGCUAAGAUUCCGAUGCUACCCCAUUGGAAUCACCGGAGACAUUGCAAAGAUGUAUGGUCAGGUGGCUUUUAACAAGGAGGAUAAGGACUUCCGCCGAAUUUUCUGGAGAGAUGUGCCCGACCAACCAACAGAUACAUACAAGAUGACCCGAGUGACAUAUGGGGUUGCUAGCAGUUGCUAUCACUCUGUUCGAUCACUCAUAGAAGCAGGCAAGCAUUCUUGUGUCGAAGAAACAUUCAGUCGAGACUUCUACGUCGAUGACUGUUUGACUGGGGCGGAUGACAUACCCUCUGCAAAGAAACUGAUCAAUGACGUUAGGUGUCAGCUAGCAACGAAACAGUUUCCUCAACGAAAAUUUGUAAGCAGCUCAGCAGAAGUCAUGGAAUCCUUGCCCAGUGAGUUGCGCCAAAACGAACACGAGUUCUCAGCAAAAGAUUACUCUGUGAAAGCAUUAGGAAUCAAGUGGAUUCCGACAAACGAUGUCUUCGUCUUCAAAGUAGCCCACGAUCUGAAGGAGAACAUGACAAAACGAUCUCUACUCUCAGACAUCUCUAAGAUCUUUUGUUCCUCUGGGCUGACUCCGAUGACGCUUCCGUUGAAACUCAUCAUGCAAUCCUCUUGGUCGCGGGGAAUCAAUUGGGACGACAAAAUCCCCGGUGAUAUGAUGGAGACGUUUCUAAGGUGGAGGACUAAAGUUCACAAUGUGGAGAAUUUUGACAUACCGAGACAUGUUGUGGAGGACAGUUUUGAGCUUCAUUUGUUUUGUGACGCAUCAGAAACCGCAUACGCCAGUUGUAUCUACGUCAGGAACACGAAGACGAAAUCAACCAAUCUUUUUGUGGCUAAAUCAAGAGUGGCACCUUUGAAACCUUUGACGAUCCCCAAAUUGGAAUUGUGUGCAGCUGUGCUAGGAUGCAAGUUGCUGGACCAUACGAGGAAAGCACUUCAAAAGAUAGGACUGAAUCCGAAGGAAGUUUUCGGAUGA